AUGACUCAUAGCAAUUAAAGUGAUUUGUUUGAGGUGUUAUAAUCCCUAGUAGAUUUAGAUGAUAAAUAAUUCAAUGUAAUAAUUGAAAUGGUCUUCAAGGAAAGAGAUGAAGAUUUUCAAAAAUUUCUUUCAAAAUAUCAAUAUUAAUUUAGUUAUGAUGAAAAUAUACUUUUAAGAGACAAUUUGUAACUUUUUGAUAAGUUGAGGGAACUAGAAGCUGUUAAAAGUAGCAUUAGGAAAAUUAUGAAUGUUCUCCAAUAAAUAAUUUAGCAUGACUUUAAUAAAACUAACUAUUCUGUGAAUAAUUAUUAAGAAAAUAUAGAUAUUUUAAUUGAUAAGAUAUCAAAUUAAGAGAAGAUUAUAAUUUUUUUUAGAUUUCUAAUAAACCUCACAAGUAUAGAUGAAAGAUUCAUCUAAAGCGGAUCGAAUUCUAUUUAUUUAUUAGUUAUAAUGUAGGUUGACUUGAAGGAAUAGUCUUUUAAAAAUAUUAAAAUCAGAAAUACUUCAUUGUUAAGAGCAAAUUUAGUAAGAUGCGACUUAAGUGGGUCUGAAUUUGAUAAUGUAAUUAUUAGUGGAAUGAAUUUGAAUGGAGCCAAAUUAUUUAAUUGUAAGUGGAGGAAUCUAAAAAUAAAUGAGUUGAAUUAGUUAAAUGGUCAUAGUAAAAAUAUUUAAUCUGUUUGCUUUUCUCCAGAUGGCGAUUCAUUAGCCUCUUGCAGUAAUGAUGCUUCCAUUCGUAUUUGGGACGUAAGAACAGGAUAAUUAAAGUAAAAAAUUUUAGGAGAGAAAGAGGUAAAAUCAGUUUGCUUCUCAGCUUAAGGCAUUAUUUUAGGUUCAUGUAGUGACAAAUUUGUGUAUAUUUGGCAUCUUAGGACAGGGAAACUAAUGCAGAAAUUAUAUGGACAUACUAAUUUUGUUAGUGCUGUCAAUUUCUCUCCUGAUGGUACUACAUUAGUAUCCGGUAGUUAUGAUCAGUCAAUCUUUUUAUGGGAUGUUAAGACAGGAUAAUAAAAAGUCAAAUUAGAUGGUCAUUCAAAUAGGGUAAUUUCAGUUUGUUUCUCUCCUGAUAGUGCUGCAAUAGCGUCUUGUAGUAGCGAUACCUCAAUCCGAUUAUGGGAUGUUAGGACAGGAUACUAAAAAGCCAAAUUGGAUGGCCAUUCAAAUUCUGUCAUGUCAGUCUGUUUUUCUCCUGAUGGUUUAACAUUAGCAUCUGGUAGUGAUGAUAAGUCUAUCCGUUUAUGGGAUGUUAAGACAGGAUAAUAAAAAGCCAAAUUAAAUGGUCAUUCAAAUUAUGUCAUGUCAGUCUGUUUCUCUUCUGAUGGUUCCACAUUAGCAUCAGGUAGUAAAGAUCAGUCUAUUCGUUUAUGGGAUGUUAAGAAAGGAUUUUAAAAAGUCAAAUUUGAUGCUCAUUAAAGUAAUGUUAAUUCGAUCUGUUUCUCUCCUGAUGGGACUACAUUAGCAUCUUGUAGCAGUGAUAAUUCUGUUCGUUUAUGGGAUCUUAAGACAGGAUAAUAAUAGUUCGAAUAGCAAGGUCAUUCAGGUUUUGUUAAUUCAGUUUGUUUUUCUCCUGAUGGUGCUACAUUAGCAUCUGGUAGUGAUGAUAAGUCUAUCCGUUUAUGGGAUGUUAAGACAGGAUAAUAAAAAGCUGAAAUUAACUGUCAUUGCUAUUGUGUUAAUUCAGUCUGCUUCUCUCAUGAUGGUACUACAUUAGCAUCGGGUAGUGAUGAUGACUCUAUCUGUUUAUGGGAUGUUAAGACAGAAAAAUAAAUAUUCUAAUUAAAUGGUCGUUAAAAAUAGGUCAUGUCAGUCCACCUCUCCCCUGAUGGUACUAGAUUAGCGUCUGGUUGUUUUAAUAACUCUAUCGGUCUAUGGGAUGUUAAGACAGGAUAAUUAAUGUUCUAAUUGGAAGGUCACUAGCAUAUUGUUAAUUCAGUCUGUUUCUCUCCCGAUAGUUCUACAUUAGCAACUGGUAGUAGAGAUAAUUCUAUUCGUUUAUGGAAUGUUAAGACAGGAUAAUAAAAGGCUUAAUUAGAAGGUCAUUCAUGCUGGGUUAAUUCAGUCUGUUUCUCCCCUGAUGGUACUGCAUUAGCGUCUGGUAGUUUUGAUUCAUCUAUUCGUAUAUGGGAUGCUUAGACAGGAUAAUAAAUGUUCAUAUUAGAAGAUCAUGAAUGUUGUGUGAAUUCAGUCUGCUUCUCUCCUGAUGGUACUGCAUUAGCAUCUGGUAGUGAUGAUUUUGUUAUCCGUUUAUGGGAUAUUAAGACAGGAUAAUAAUAUGGUUAAUUAAAAGGUCAUUCAAGUUGGGUUAAUUCAGUCUGUUUCUCUCCUGAUGGUACUACAUUAGCGUCUGGUAGUAGAGAUAAAUCUAUCCGUUUAUGGGAUUUAAAAUCUCGAAAAAAAAUGGUAUCUUCAGAUAAUAGUUAUUAAGAUAUUCAAGAAUAAUUUUAACCUCAAAUUUUUAAAAACAUCAUUCUCCAAGAAAAUUGUAUUUAUUUUUCACUAUUGUUUAGUUACCUCUUUUGUUACAAUUCAUCUUAUAUAAAGUUAACAAAUUUUUUAAUCAAAAGGUGCUCUAAUUUUGAAAGGAGAAUUUAAUAGCCAAUCAGGGAUAGACUUGAGGCCAUUAUUUUAAUAAAGAGGAAGCUGCAUUUUAGACAACCUAAUUGGAUAACAAUAAAUUUGA